CAACUAAUCGAUCAUUAACAUAACAUCUGAAUCCUCGUAUUACUUUAAACUGUACCAGUUAUGUCAACAUUCCUCAUCGGCUUCGUAUAUAUUACAAAAGCAGUGGAUAUCCGACACUAGUUGUGUGAACAGAGACUGUGUGUGUUGUUGUUUUUAGCUUACGUCAAAUAGAAAUAGUUGCUGAGCAGCUUUAUGAAACUAUUUGGAAUGAUUGGAAAGUUUUCAUUAGUUUGGAGGUCAACAUGUCGCUAAGAGAGCUGAAAGUAUGCCUUCUUGGGGACACAGGAGUUGGAAAGUCAAGCAUUGUGUGUAGAUUUGUGGAGGAUAGUUUUGAUCCAAACAUAAAUCCAACAAUUGGAGCAUCGUUUAUGACAAAGACUGUGCAAUACCAAAAUGAGCUUCACAAAUUCCUCAUCUGGGACACAGCAGGACAAGAAAGGUUUCGUGCUCUGGCUCCCAUGUACUACAGAGGCUCUGCUGCGGCCAUCAUCGUCUAUGACAUCACUAAAGAGGAAUCAUUCCAGACAUUGAAGAACUGGGUGAAGGAGCUUCGCCAGCACGGACCACCCAACAUAGUGGUGGCUAUCGCUGGCAACAAGUGCGAUCUCUCCGAUGCCAGAGAGGUAUCAGAGAAGGACGCCAAAGACUACGCUGACUCUAUUCAUGCUAUAUUUAUCGAAACCAGUGCCAAAAAUGCCAUUAACAUCAAUGAGGUCUUCACACAGAUAAGUGAAAGGAUCCCGGUUUUAGAUGCGGAGGGCGGGUCUGCAGUCAAGGGUUUUAAACUCCGUCGCCAACCAUCAGUAUCGACCAGAGAACGCACUUGCUGCUGACGCCUUCAUAAAAAAGCCAGAUCCUCUCCAGCCUUUCACCCCUAUUUCUCUUAGUAACCAAGAAGAAUAGCAAAUGAAGAAUGUGAUGUCAUUGGGGAAGUUACUUAACGUCACUUCCUUUUGGAGCCAAAUACAAAUUGCAGUUAAGAAUAGAAUGAGAUUUUACAUUCUGAAUCCCAGUGCAAUGUUCACUUUUUGUGAGAAAGAGGAAAAUGUACAGUUGCUGUACCUUAUUCAGAUUCAUUUCUGUUCUAGAUCUCAACCCAGAUUCAAACAGCAACAAAACCACUCGCUUAACAGAUCAGAUGCUGUCCUACUCUAUGUAGUUUGACUAUAUGAGUGUAGGUUUUAAAGGUUUCAGCACUCCAGAUGCAAGCAACACAGCUUUCUUGUCUUACUAUUUUUGCACAUCUUUAUAUGAUGAAAAUAAAUCUCAUAAACAUAUUCAGGUCAUAUUAUACUCAAAUCACAUAUAAUAAUUAUAUAUUUUUUUGCAUAAUGUAAAGUUAACGUCUGGUAUUAGGACUAAUGUGUUUAUAAUAUAAUAACUUUUAGUAUAAAAUAGUAACACAUUGCUGUAUAAUAAUAUUUAAGAGAAAUAAAGAACAGUACAGCUAUAUAAUUGUGCUUAAUUGCAGAAAAUAUUACUUUAAAUAAUAUGUGGCAUGAACAUGUUUACAUGAGAUUUUCUCCAGUUUGUUUGUAUUUGUGUUGCACAUUACCGGACACAAGGCUGUGUGCGCUUUCAUUUAUAUUUUGUAUAUGAAAAAUAAAACUAUGAGGCAGUUCUACACAUUCAGAUAAA